AUGUCUUGUUCCUACUUCACCUCGGUAGUCGGCACACACCCGUCAAUCUUUCGCUCUAACCUGCAGUGGCCGCUUGCAGAGCUGCGGUGGGCAUUAAACGGGCAGCUCUGA